ACGGCGGCGACCUCCUCGCUUCAUUAUUCAUUCGUUCGUUCAUAAUCUCUUCUCCACUGGCUAACAGUCGUCUUUUAAGCUUCAUGCCCUCUGAAAAUGGUGUCUUCAUUGUUAGCACUUCCUUCAACAUUUUCCCGCCUAAAUUUAGUACAAAAAUCAUCAAUAUUUAUUCCCUUCACAUUUAAAGCCCUCAGUUUACUGAAAUUCCAUAAGCAACCGCGAUUAAGACCCUUCAAUUAUCCUCUCCUUCAUUUUCCUUCUUCACUCAAUUCGCCGGAAGCUCAUUUUUCCACUUCAAGAAGACCCGUUUCGUCCAAAUCCUUCGAUGACGAUUUGGUCGUUCUCGGCAUCGAAACGAGUUGCGAUGACACAGCAGCCGCUAUCGUGAGAGGCAAUGGCGAAAUUCUGAGUCAAGUUGUGUCUUCUCAGGCAGAUUUGCUAGCUCGAUAUGGAGGUGUUGCUCCUAAAAUGGCUGAAGAAGCACAUUCACAAGUCAUUGAUCAGGUUGUGCAAGAUGCACUUGAUAAAGCUAGCUUGACUGAAAGGGAACUAUCUGCUGUUGCUGUUACUAUUGGACCUGGUUUAAGUCUUUGCCUUCGAGUUGGUGUGCAGAAAGCUAGGAGAGUUGCUGGCAGCUUCAAUCUACCAAUCAUCAGUGUUCAUCACAUGGAGGCUCAUGCUCUAGUGGCCAGGCUGAUAGAAAAGGAGCUGCAAUUUCCUUUCCUGGCUCUGCUUAUAUCAGGUGGGCACAAUCUAUUAGUUCUUGCUCAUGAUCUUGGUCAUUACACUCAACUUGGGACCACGAUAGAUGAUGCAAUUGGUGAGGCUUUUGACAAGACUGCAAAAUGGCUUGGCCUUGAUAUGAGGAAGAGUGGUGGGCCAGCUGUUGAGCAACUUGCUCAGGAGGGUGAUGCAGAAUCAGUUAGAUUCUCAAUUCCAAUGAAACAGCAUAAAGAUUGCAAUUUCUCAUAUGCCGGUCUAAAGACCCAAGUGAAACUAGCAAUUGCAUCCAGAAAUAUUGAUGCCAAGGUUCCCCUUUCUUGUGCAAGUAGCCUAGACAGAAGUUCCCGAGCUGAUAUUGCUGCCUCUUUUCAGCGAGUUGCUGUGUUGCAUCUAGAAGAAAGGUGUGAACGAGCAGUUGAAUGGGCAUUGAAGAUUGAACCUUCCAUAAAGCAUCUGGUAGUAUCUGGAGGUGUGGCAUCAAAUCAAUACGUUAGGGCUCGAUUGGAUCAGGUUGUUCAGAAGUACAGUCUGCAGCUUGUCUGUCCGCCCCCCAACCUUUGCACUGACAAUGGCGUGAUGAUUGCUUGGACUGGCAUUGAGAACUUUCGUGUUGGAAGAUAUGAUCCUCCACCACCUGCCAAUGAUCCAGACGAUUUCAUGUAUGAUUUGCGGCCAAGGUGGCCAUUAGGGGAGGAAUAUGCCGAAGGCAGGAGUGAGGCUCGCUCAUUAAGAAGGGCUCGGGUUCAUCCAUCGCUUACAUCUCUUGUACAAGCCUCACUGCAACAACAAUGAUACAAGAGUGUGCAUAUACCCAAAAUGCACCCAGAGCUUAUAUCUCUAUUCAGUCUUCAUAGAUCCUCGACUGGUCUAAAUUCAACGUCGUGAUGAUCCUUCAGCUUUAACUAUCUGAUGGUUAAUUGAGGUUGCUCGUUACAAUGGCACGAUUCAGAAUACGAAUAUGUUCAAACCCAUUGGAGAGCUGCAUGAUGCUUUCAAUACUCUCUGUAAAGCCUUUUGUUUCAUCAAUUAACCAUGUAAUUCUAAAUUGAAGAAAGGAAUGUAACAGAUAGACAAGAAAGAUGGAAAAGAUAAAGAUAUAUUUCCUUUUAA